GGCGACUCGAUGUGUAUGAUCGCGAUAUCCACUCGUUAAAAACUGAAUAUUGCCUAUAUGUAGUAAAAACAAUCGACUUUAAGGGACACUGAUUUAAGCAUGGGCUUGACUAAGCAGUACCUGCGCUAUGUACCCAGCGCUGUGUUUGGGGUGAUCGGCAGUCAGAAGGCGAACCUGGUGUUUGUGAGGCUGAGAGGAGGAGAACAGGGCCGAUAUGUGGCUGUAGGAGCCUGUGAACAUGUCUUCAUCUGGGAUGUGCGCAAAGCUGAAAAGGUUCUGAUUCUGGAGGGUAAGAAGCAUGAGGUAACAUAUAUGUGCCCCUCUCCUGAUGGUCUUCACAUAGCUGUGGGUUAUGAGGAUGGCAGUGUGCGCAUUUUCAGCCUGUUAAAUGGUGAAAGUAACAUUUCCUUUAAUGGACACAAAUCCGCCAUCACAGUCAUGCACUACGAUGGACUGGGAGCACGACUUGUUACUGGGUCAAAGGACACAGAUGUAAUUGUGUGGGACGUGAUAAAUGAAUGUGGCUUGUACAGGCUUAAGGGGCACAAAGAUGCCAUAACACAAGCUUUGCUCUUAAAGAACAAAAAUCUCCUAGUCACAAGCUCGAAAGACAGCUUUGUUAAAUGGUGGGAUCUGGAUACACAGCACUGUUUUAAGACCAUGGUGGGCCAUCGCAGUGAGGUAUGGGGAAUGACUUUGUUGAACCAGGAAAACAGACUGCUGACUGGCUCGGCUGAUAGUGAACUCAGAGCUUGGGACAUUGACUACCUGGAGGAGGUUAAAGCAGUAGGAGAGCCAAGGGAAAAGAAAGGAAAAAGUCUUCUUGAUGAUGAUGAUGAUAAUGAAGAUGAAGGUCCUAAUGAAGAGCCAGAAGAUAGGAUCCUGAGCUGUAAGAAAGCUGGCUCUAUUUUAAGAGAAGCCAGAGACAGGGUUGUGUCCCUGAUCGCCGAUCCCAAAGCUAAAUUCGUGGCAUGUCAUGGCUUAGACAACAGUUUGGAGCUCUUUGCUGUCCUUCCAGAAGAAGAAAUUCAGAAGAAAAUGGAGAGAAAGCUAAAGAAAGCCAGAAAAAAGGCGAAAUCUCAGGAAGGUGGUGCUGAUGCAGCAGAUCCAGUUGUGGACAGAAAACUAACAGAUGAGAUACAGAAACUGGCCAGUAUAAAAGCCUCCUCCAAGAUCAGGUCUGUGGACUGCAUUCUGUCUUCAAAUGGAGAAAUGAAGGUUGCCUUGUUGCUACAGAACAAUACUGUAGAGACGUACAGUGUAAAGACCACAGAGAAAACCCCUACAGGAACCAAAACCUCCCGGCUCACACUGGGUGGCCACCGCACAGAUGCCAGAACUCUGGCUUUCAGCUCAGACAACAUAGCAAUCUUGUCUGCCUCUGCAGAUACGGUCAAAGUGUGGAACAGGUCAACCCUGCAGGUGAUUCGCACCAUGGCCUGCGAGUAUGCCCUCUGUUCCCUGUUUGUGCCUGGAGAUAGACAGAUCAUUAUAGGAACUAAGAGUGGAAACCUUCAGAUCUUUGACCUGGCAUCGGGCAGCUUGCUGGAGACAGUAAAAGCCCAUGAGGGAGCUUUGUGGUCCAUCUGUCUCUCUCCUGAUCAGAGGGGCAUUGUAACCGGAGGAGCUGAUAAGACAGUGAAGUUCUGGGACUUUGAGCUAAUAAAGGACAAGGAAUCGGGACCAAACAAGAGACUGACGGUGAAACACACUCGCACAUUACAGUUGGAUGAGGAUGUACUGUGUGUGCGUUUAAGUCCUGAUCAGAGACUGCUGGCUGUGUCUCUGCUUGACUGCACAAUCAAAAUAUUUUACACAGAUACACUAAAGUUUUUCCUGUCUCUCUAUGGACAUAAACUGCCAGUGCUGUGCAUGGACAUUUCACAUGACAGUGCACUAAUAGCCACUGGAUCUGCAGACAGAAAUGUAAAGGUCUGGGGUUUGGAUUUCGGUGACUGCCAUCGUUCAAUGUUCGCACAUGAUGACAGUGUUAUGUUUCUUCAGUUUGUCCCCAAAACCCAUCUGUUCUUCACAGCGGGGAAGGACAGAAAGAUCAAACAGUGGGAUGCCGACAAGUUUGAGCACAUUCAGACCCUGGAGGGCCACCAUGGUGAAGUGUGGUGCCUGGCUGUCAGUCCCAAUGGAGACCACAUCGUCUCUUCUUCUCAUGAUAAGUCCCUCAGGCUGUGGGAGAGAACCAGGGAGCCCAUCAUUUUAGAGGAGGAGAAAGAGAUGGAACGAGAGGCAGAAUUUGAAGAAUCCUUGGCCAAAGGAGAUGAGCCUGUGGUCCCCGGAGAGACCAAAGGAGAGGCAGAACCUGCUGGAAAGAAGACUGUAGAGACUGUGAAAGCUGCGGAGCGUAUUAUGGAGGCCCUGGAGCUCUACAGAGAGGAGAGCACAAAGCUGAAUGAGCACAGGGCUGCCUGUGAGGCAGCAGGAAAGGAGUUACCUCCACCAAAAAUGAACCCCAUUCUUGUGGCCUGUGGAAAUAUAUCGCCCUCCGGAUAUGUUCUGGAUGUCAUAAAAAAGGUUCGGUCCAGUGAGUUGGAGGUCUCUCUGCUGGUGCUGCCCUUCCCCUACAUCCCUGACCUGCUCUCACUCUUCAAUGCAUAUAUAAAACAGGGCCUAGAGGUGGAACUGGUCUGCCGUUGCCUUUUCUUCCUGCUUAGAAUUCACUUUGGCCAGAUCACUAGUAACCAAAUGCUGCUGUCAGUCAUUGAUGAGCUGAGGACAAACACAAUCACCAAAGUGCGAGAGAUCAGGGAUGUGCUGGGUUUUAACAGUGCCGGCCUACAGUUCCUACAGCGGGAGAUUGAGGGCAAGGAAGAUGUGAUGUUCUUUGCUGAUGCUACAGGUCAGUUUGAGGAGAAGAAAAGGAAGAGGAGAAAGCGAGAAAGGGCCAUACUGACCAUCACAUAAACCAGCUCACAAAAAAACAUCAAUUUAGAAAUGUCACUUUGGACUUUUCAUUGUUUUUCCUCCUCAAUUCCAUUAAAAUAAAAUCUAAAGAGUGUCUUUUUAAAGGAUUUGAUUUGUAAUUGUUGAAAUAAUCAAGAAUUGGAUCAAA